CGGAUCCAGUGGAUGUCCUUAAAGUGCUGCAGCUGCAGAAUCAGCCCCAAGGUGUGCGCAAAACGACCGGGUUCUGCCCCAAGAGGCGGUCGGGAGCGGGGCCAGAUGUGGCCUUCCGGAUAUCAAGGCAGGCCCAGCUAAGUGCUCCAACGCGGCAGCUUUUCCCAGGUAAAUUUCCAGAGGACUUCUCCAUCAUGGCGCUGAUGAAACCCAAGUCUGGCCUACAGGCAUUCUUGCUGUCCAUCUACAACCAACACGGCACCCAGCAGUUGGGAGUGGAGCUGGGCCGCUCCCCCGUCUUCCUCUACGAAGAUCAGAAUGGCCGCCCGGCCCCUGAGGACUACCCCAUCUUCCGAGGCGUCAACCUGGCUGAUGGCAAGUGGCAUCGCGUGGCACUGAGUGUGAGCAAGAAGCAGGUGACGCUCUUCCUGGACUGCAAGAAGAAGAUGUCGCGGCCGCUGCCCCGGGGCAACCAGCCGGUCAUCGACACCCGCGGCAUCACCGUCUUUGGCACCCGCCUCCUGGACGAGGAGGUCUUUGAGGGCGACAUCCAGCAGCUGCUGAUCUCCGCCAGCCCCCAGGCGGCCUACGACUACUGCGAGCACUACAGCCCAGACUGCGACGGGGGGGCCAACAAGCCCCAAGCCCAAGAGCCUCAGCAGAGAGCCAGCAAGCCCCAGAAAGCGGCCAAGGCCCCCACCAAACCCAAAACGAAGCAGCCCCAGAAACGCCAGCUAAUGGGCACGUCGCCCACCUAUGCCAAGGCGGGGACCAAAAACGGGAAGUACCCCAGUAACGCGAAAUAUCCCAGCAAUGGGAAGUCCCCUAACAAUGGGAAGUAUCCCGGAAAUGGGAAGUCCCCCUCAGGCAACGGGAAGUCCUACAGCGGGGGCAGCAGCAGUGCCAAGGCGACUUCGGCGGGCAAAUCCUCCGCCACGAAAACCUCCCUGGGCAAAAGCGGGAACCAGGCCUACGCCGGCACUGGGGGAGUCCGGAGUCCGGGCAACAGCUACCAGCAGGACGUGGGUCCGCUACCCACAGAGGAAUCCUGGGGGGUUCACGAAUACCCUGACUACACCCUCCCACCAGACGCCGAAGGCACCUAUUGGGACGAGAGCCCCACAGCGGGGGCAUCCCCUCCUGCACCCUCUUCGCCCCAGGGAGAGGAGGAAGUGUCUGGCCCCCACCAUGCUGAGGAGGAAGUGUUCACAGAAGAAGAAGUGCCCAGAGUGGGGCUGGAGUAUACAUAUGGCCGUGCUAAUUACGGAGAGGGGGCAGAGCCGUCUGAGCUGGGCCCAGCGCUCUCAGCCAAGACCCCACACAGCGGAGGCGCAGUGCGAGGAGCCCGCGGCUACAAAGGAGAGAAGGGGGAGCCGGCGGUCAUCGAACCGGGGAUGCUGGUAGAAGGUCCCCCUGGCCCUGAAGGACCUCCGGGCAUCAGUGGGCCGCCGGGCACCCACGGCCCACCCGGACCUCCCGGCGACCCUGGCGAGAGGGGCGCCUCUGGACGGCCCGGUCUCCCUGGCUCAGACGGUACCCCUGGACCUCCUGGCACCUCCAUGAUGCUUCCGUUCCGCUUCGGGAGCAGUGGAGGAGACAAGGGGCCCGUGGUGUCUGCUCAAGAAGCCCAAGCACAAGCCAUCCUCCAGCAGGCCCGGCUGGCCUUGCGUGGCGCCCCGGGACCAAUGGGAUACACUGGCCGUUCUGGGAUCUUGGGUCCACCCGGCAACCCCGGCUUAAAGGGUGAGCCUGGAGACUUCGGGCCCCAGGGCCCGCGGGGGCCUUCGGGGCUGACUGGCCCGCCAGGGAAAGCAGGCCGCCGGGGUCGAGCUGGAGCUGACGGGGCCCGGGGCAUGCCUGGAGAAAAUGGGGUCAAGGGCGACCGUGGUUUUGACGGACUCCCGGGCCUGCCAGGGGAAAAGGGACAUCGGGGUGACUCCGGUGCGCAAGGGCUUCCUGGGCCCCAUGGCGAAGACGGCGAGAGGGGAGACGAUGGAGACGUGGGGCCACGUGGGCUUCCUGGAGAACCGGGACCCCGUGGUUUGCUCGGACCGAAAGGGCCCCCCGGAAUCGCAGGCCCCCCGGGCGUGCGUGGAAUGGAUGGACCUCAUGGAUCGAAGGGGAACCUGGGGCCACAAGGAGAGCCGGGCCCUCCAGGCCAGCAGGGAACCCCAGGGACUCAGGGUCUGCCUGGACCACAAGGCGCCAUGGGGCCUCCGGGAGAAAAGGGCCCCAGAGGGAAACCUGGCGUACCAGGGAUGUCUGGCAUGGACGGACCCGCUGGCCACCCUGGAAAAGAAGGUCACCCUGGAAGCAAAGGAAACCAGGGCCCGUCUGGUCCUCAAGGUCCAAUUGGCUACCCAGGCCCUCGUGGCGGGAAGGGCGUUGAUGGCAUCCGUGGAUUGAAAGGGCACAAAGGGGAGAAGGGAGAAGAAGGAUUCCCUGGCUUCAAGGGGGAUCUGGGGGUGAAAGGCGACCGGGGGGAAGUCGGUGUCCCAGGAUCCCGAGGUGAGGACGGCCCAGAGGGUCCCAAAGGGCGGACCGGCCCCCCUGGAGAUCCAGGUCCCCUCGGUCUUCUUGGAGAGAAGGGGAAGCUGGGAGUUCCGGGUCUGCCUGGCUACCCGGGGAGACUGGGCCCCAAGGGCUCACAAGGUUUCCCCGGAUUCCCUGGGACAAACGGCGAGAAAGGAGGACGGGGUCUCUCUGGGAAGACAGGCCCCCGAGGAGAGCGCGGGCCCACGGGCCCCCGAGGUCAGCGCGGGCCAAGAGGAGCCACGGGGAAGCCGGGAGCAAAGGGCACCUCCGGCAGUGAAGGACCGGCAGGACCUCCCGGCGAGCGGGGGCUGCCGGGACCGCAAGGGCCAAACGGGUUCCCUGGACCGAAAGGACCGCCGGGCCCCCCCGGAAAGGACGGGUUGCCAGGCCACCCUGGACAGCGUGGAGAAGUUGGCUUCCAAGGCAAGACGGGCACCACUGGGCCUCCCGGAGUGGUGGGACCUCAGGGAGCUGCAGGAGAAACGGGACAGAUGGGGGAGCGAGGGCACCCCGGACCACCCGGACCCCCCGGAGAGCAAGGCCUGCCUGGACCGUCUGGCAAAGAAGGCACAAAGGGGGAUCCCGGCCCUCCUGGGGGCUUAGGAAAAGACGGCCCAGCGGGACUGCGAGGUUUCCCUGGAGAACGCGGCCUUCCUGGGACUCCCGGCGGAGGUGGUUUGAAAGGCAACGAGGGACCUCCCGGCCCCCCAGGACCUGCCGGGUCUCCAGGAGAGAGAGGAACACCCGGGACCGGAGGCCCCAUCGGUCCCCCAGGAAGGCCUGGGCCUCAAGGACCGCCUGGCCCUGCUGGGGAGAAGGGGGUGCCUGGCGAGAAAGGUCCGCUCGGCCCCGCUGGCCGCGACGGAGUCCAGGGCCCUGUUGGGCUACCCGGCCCAGCAGGACCGCCGGGGGGGUCAGGUGAGGACGGCGACAAGGGCGAAGUGGGCGAUCCAGGGCAGAAGGGGGCCAAGGGCGGCAAAGGGGAGCACGGGCCACCCGGCCCACCAGGCCCGUUGGGACCUGUCGGGCAACCAGGAGCUGCGGGAGCUGAUGGGGAGUCUGGAGCGAGAGGUCUUCAAGGCCACUUUGGGGCCAAAGGGGACGAGGGGACACGGGGGUUCAACGGCCCCCCUGGGCCCAUCGGGUUGCAGGGCCUCCCGGGACCAGCCGGAGAAAAGGGCGAGACGGGAGACGUGGGGCCGAUGGGACCACCCGGACCUCCAGGCCCACGAGGCCCAGCCGGACCUUCCGGAGCUGACGGUCCACAAGGCCCCCCCGGAGGUGUGGGAAACCUUGGCCCCCCAGGGCAGAAGGGGGAGCCGGGGGAGCAAGGAGGACCAGGAGUCACUGGAGAGCCCGGUGGAAAGGGUCCGCGGGGUGAGAGAGGCGAGAAGGGGGAAGCGGGGGCAUCUGGCGUUCCCGGCCCCCCUGGUGGGAAAGGACCAACUGGGGAUGACGGACCUAAAGGGAACCCCGGCCCAGUCGGUUUCCCUGGAGAUCCAGGGCCCCCAGGUGAAAUGGGACCCCGGGGCCAAGAUGGAGCCAAAGGCGAGCGGGGAGAAGAUGGAGAGCCAGGGGAAGCGGGUUCUCCGGGCCCAACCGGUGAGAACGGCCCUCCUGGCCCUCCAGGGAAGAGGGGUCCCGCCGGCACUGCAGGCCCAGAGGGACGUCAGGGGGAGAAAGGGGCCAAGGGAGAACCGGGGGCCCUGGGACCUCCUGGGAAGACGGGGCCGGUGGGACCUCAGGGAACGCCUGGGAAACCCGGACCAGAUGGGCUGAGAGGCAUCCCCGGAUCAGUGGGUGCACAAGGCAAACCAGGAGCCACCGGCCAGGCCGGCCCCCCGGGACCAGUGGGCCCCCCUGGCUUACCUGGGCUGAAAGGCGACUCUGGAUCCAAAGGAGAGAAGGGGCACCCGGGUCUCAUUGGCCUGAUCGGACCCCCGGGAGAGCAGGGAGAGAAGGGAGACCGGGGUCUGCCCGGCCCACAAGGCAACAAGGGACCCAAAGGAGAGUCCGGCAUUCCGGGCCCCACUGGCCCCAUCGGUCCUGGAGGGGCCCCCGGACUUCCUGGUCCACCCGGCCUCCCCGGCCCCAAGGGAGCCAUGGGUCAAGCCGGUCCGAAAGGUCAGCGUGGAGUUCCUGGACCCCCCGGACACCCGGGGCCCCCUGGCGAAGUGAUCCAGCCGCUGCCCAUCCAGAGGCCCAAGAAGAACAAGCGGUCCAUCGAUGGCAGCCAGCUCCUCCCGGAGGAGGAGAUGGCAUCCGAUGCAGCCGGCCGCUCCCCCUCGGAGGGCAUGGAGGAGAUCUACGGGUCGCUCAACUCCUUGCGUCAGGAAAUCGAGCAAAUGAGGAAGCCGCUGGGUACUCAGGACAACCCCGGCCGCACCUGCCAGGACCUGCAGCUCUGCCAUCCGGACCUGCCUGAUGGCGAAUAUUGGAUCGACCCCAAUCAGGGCUGCUCGAGAGACUCCUUCAAGGUCUUCUGCAACUUCACGGCAGGUGGCGAGACGUGCGUUUUCCCCAGCCAGGCAACUCAGGAGGUGAGAGCAGAG